AUGAGGAUACAUUGGGAAUGGCCAAAUAUUGAGGGUAUAUUAUUUUGUAAAUUUGAUGGAGAGCUGGGUCCAAUUGUAUUAUGUAAAGACCCAGUAGAAAUAUUUGGAGCAAAUCAAGCAUUAUACUUUUCUUUAAUAACAAGAUAUAUGGUACCUGAUGCUCACUUUUCUGGAUCUGUUAUUUCUUUCGUAAUAGGAGGUAAAUGGAGAGUUGUAGGUAUGCCUAUUGUAAUACAAGAUAAUAAAUAUCUACGUAAUAGCUUUCAGUUCACAGUUUGCAUAGUAGUCAACAAUAUAAAUUCUAUACAACUCGAACUAUUCAGUAGGCAUAUUGCCAAAAUAUUGGGAUAUGCUUUUAAACAGUUAGAAGAAGAUUCUGGCACUGUUUACUCUUACUGUACUGGAAUAAAUGAUAGCGAGACUAGAAAUAUUAGUGGAAAACUGAAAUUGCAAAUAAAUGCUAAAGAUUUGUCACAUAUCUUGCAAGAAUGUCGGAUUCAAUUAAAUAGAUAUCACAAGGUAUGCAUAGAUAUAAGUAAAAAUGAAACCCUCUCAUUUUAUGUUAGAAACCCAUCAUAUAAAUGCAAAGUGCAAUUAAUAGAUGUUCCUGUUCCACUUUAUAAACAUUUAAUAAAUAUUAAUCUACCAGGAAUUGAUAUAUCACUCAUGCAAAUAAUUCCAUAUAUAAAUGGUAAAAAUACCAGCUAUGAAAUUGCAAAAUUAUCACUCCUACCAUUUGAUAAUGUUAUUUUAUGUUUGGAAUACUUAAUUUAUUAUGGACUGAUUGGGAUUAUAGACAUGUUUUCUUUAGAUAAUAUGUAUAGAUAUAUUGGAUAUGACAAUAAGGAAUAUGAUAAUACUGAAAACUUGUAUAUUUCUCUUUCUAAUGAAUGCUCAAAUCUUUUUAAUAAUCAUAAAAGAAAUGGCUGUGUACGUACUUUCCAACAGAAAUUUUCAGAAAAUCUAGAAAAUAUGGAAGUAAAAGAUAUUCAUCUAUUCAUUAUUGAAGGUAUAUUAAAGCAGAAGAUAAAGAGGAUACAUGAAUAUCCUAUUAUAUUUAAUAAUAAGUCAAAAUCAGAGAAUCCCUCUCUAAAUGAGUUCAAGAAAUCUUGUUUGGGUUUACACUCAUUAGAUUAUAUUCAAAUAAUGUUUGGAUAUAAUUCAAAAGAAGAAGUUAUACAAGAACUCACUAAUUCUAUUGAUCAUGAUGAGGAAUUAUAUUGGGCUUACUAUUGA